CAGAACAGGAAUGGACUCUUAGAACUUAUUAGUUAAAAACAGAGAGGUUAGGAUGACAGACUCCACGGUUCAACAAAAGCUGGAAUUAGCUAGAUUUGAGGCUGUGGAAAAACAAAAGGAAUAUGAAAGACGGAUAGAACUCAUACGGAUGGAGGUGGAUGCACAUGUGGCCAGGGACAAAGAAAUGGAGGCUGCCCACAGGAGGGAAAUGGAGGCAAGGGACAAAGAAAGGGAGGCAAGGGACAAAGAACUGGAGGAGAAGGAAAAAGAGAGGAAGCAUGCACUGGAGAUGGAGAAGGCAAAGGCUCAGCAGAAUAUACCAACAAACCCUAGCAAUCCUUCUCCAGGUACCACUUCCCAUCCCAGAAAGUUCCCCACCAACAAGGCAGGCGAUGAUACCGAGACCUUCUUAGAAAACUUCGAAAGCGCCUGUCUUGGGUACAGCAUUUCUACAGACCAAUACAUGUAAGAUGUAGAGCUGAGGCCGCAGCUCAGUGGACCCUUAGCUGAGGUGGCGGCUGAAAUGCCUAAGGAAC